AGCAGAAGACAUGUAUGACAGUACCACAGACACAUAUGAGGGCAUCCCUGGUCUACCCAGUGAGAUGCAGGGAGAGAUUUUGUACCGACUCUGCGAUGGGGUGGCAUUGGCAAAGGCUCGACAGGUUUGCCACCUCUGGAAGCAACUUGUUGACCAGCCAGGUGACAAACAGGUGUGGUACACUGUCUGCCGACACACCAUCCCCACCACAGUCCUCCAACAGAUGACUCAGUUUAGCAGGGAGUACUUCCUCCAGACGUCUUCUAACAAAGUUGCAAGGUGCUUUGAGUGCUCCCAUGGAAGAGGGCAAGAACUUGAGGAAAAGAAGUCUUUGUUGUCCGGAGAUAGACAGAAGACUGUAGACUGCCAGUGUGUCAGACAGGUGCAGCCGUGUGUGUCAGACCCUGUGGUGUACUGGAGGGGGGUGUAUAUGGAGUGGUACAGGAGCAGGUUUGCAGGGAAGUGGCCAGUGGUGAAGACCGACUACCAUCAAACGUUUGGACCACUCAUCAACUCCAUAGCCAUCUCAGGAGACUACAUCCUGACAGGCAUGGGGAACGGGUCCAUCCUGCAGUGGGAGGCUAUCACAGGUAGACUGCUGGGGAAGUGUCAUGCCAACAUCGGAGGGGCUGUCAUGGGCCUACACUGGAGAGGUGGAUACAGCUCCAAGUACAGCACCAUCAGCCAGAGCCAGAGUCUCCAUGACUAUGUUGUUACGGGAGGGAAGGAUGGGCUGGUGUACAUCCUGCCCCUCCCCCUGACCUGGGCACUGCCUGCUCCUGAACACCCUGCACACUGCAUGCACACACACAUGCCACUGGUCGGAUCAGCUGUCAACUGUAUCAGUGUGUGGCAGGACAGAGUGAUAGUAGCAGGAGCUGCAGGAGACCUGUGUGUGCUGACCUUCCAGAGAAACAGUGCAGGGGUAGUCAGUCCACACUUCUGCCCCAACCUCCACUACAGGCUGGAUGGGGGACACUUUAAAAGUGUCAAGUCUGUGGUACAGACACAAGACAAGGCUUUGUCCUACUCGGAUAGUAAGCUGCUGCUGUGGUGCCUGUUGAGGAGGCAGUGUCUGAGGGAGAUGAGGAGAGGUGUUGGCCCAGUUACUGAGAUGAAUCUUGAUACCUGGUCUGAGGUGGAUGUGUUGGAGAGAGAGGAACAGGUGACACCAUGGAGCUGCAUUGCUGCACAUGGAGACCUCAUAGCUGUGGGGACUAACUCAGGACAGGUAACUCUGUACCACACUGUGACCAAGUCCAGAACUGUACUGAGGGUUUCUGAUGCACCAAUCACUGCGCUGGACAUCGGGGAUGAUGGGGAGGGGCCGGUGGUUGCCAUAGUAACUAAUUCAUCACCCGCUGUCUGGGUCUACCAUUGGUUCCCUCCGGAUGAUGAUGAGGAGGAGGAAGAUACAUAAAGGGCCA